UGUGUCACGUCCGUGGCACGAAUGCAUCGGAGAUCGGAGCGUAUGCAUAACUUAUAAUACGAUGCAUCGUCUCCUCCAAAACGGAUCGAGCAGCGCACUGUAUGGUGGUUGGUUGAAUGUAGGUAGAGUCGCGCGGGAACCCCGUUAUGCCUGAGUCCGAGUCCGAGUUCGAGUUCGAAUUGGCGAAUCUGUGGAGAAGGGCACGGCACAAGUUGGUCUCGCGGAGAUCCCCUUCUCUCGCAUCCAUUACGAUAUUCCAUUGCUCGCGGUAACGGCUGCUCGAACUCUUUCAGUUUCCGAAGAGGCGCGUCGGGUUCUUUUCGCACCUUCAGGACCAUUGAUCGCGAACAAGAUCGACGUCGGUCGACCAAAAUCGAACGCCGCGCGACGUUCGUGUAGAGUGCCAGCCGCGUUGUCCUUUAUUCUCCGCGGCUGCGGAUCGAAGAUAAAAUAGAAUAGAAGAUAAGAGAAAGGAGAGAAAGGAAAGAAGAAGGCGAGUCGAGGCGAGGCAAAAGCGAUGGCAAAGGCAAGCGACGGAUCAACUGGAACCGUUGUCGAGGGAAAACAACGGAACCAUGAAGAGAAUUUCUGGCAGAAUCUCCGGUUGAGUCGCUUCUGAAUCGGCAACGAGGUCGAUCGGUGGUCAUCGAAUAAUCCGGUUCACGAGUGACAGCUAAUAGAAUCGUGUGGAUCCGGAUACCGAUGUGGAUACAGAUGCGGAUGCGGACAGGGACACCGAUGCAGAUGGGAUGGAACUUUUGUGCGGACCGAGAAAUAUGAUCGUAGUAUUGUACGCGAUUCUGGUGCUGGCGGGCCCGGUUCUCGCGCAACCGAUCGAAUGGAUGCCGUGCGUCGAGCUCAAACGGGACCUUCAGAUUCCCUGCGAAUGCUCAAUCUUCACGGAAUCGGCCGGUCGAUCGAUCGAGGCGAACUGCGAUGGGGCGGUGUUUACGCGGGAUACGGUCGAGAGCUUGCGGGGACAACCGAUUCUCUCGAUCGGUCAGCGAAACGCUGGAUAUCAAACACUUCCGGAGAACUUGCUCGGGUCGGGUCUACGGCUGAAGAAGCUCGAUCUAUCCAGCAACUCGAUUCGCAAGCUCAUGAACCGAGUCCUCGAAGCGCAGCCUUACCUAGAGGAACUCAAGCUGGCCGAUAAUCUGUUGGGCGACGGUCUGAACCCGAUAUUCUCGAGCAACGAGUUUCACGGGCUGACGCGGCUGAAGCUGCUCGAUCUCAGCGGGAACGGGUUGAGAAGCAUCGAGGAAGGAAUGUUCAAGGGAUGCGAGAGCCUCGAGCAACUUUACUUGGACAGGAACGAGAUGACGAUGGUGCCGACGGCGUCCUUGAAGGGGCCGGAUUCCAUCAGAGUGCUCUCGUUGAGCGGCAACGUUAUCGGUUCGCUUCCACGAGACGCGUUCUCGCCGAUUGGCGCGUCGUUGCUGCGCCUGGAUCUGAGCAACAACGAGCUGUCCCACAUAGAAGACGGCGCUCUUUCCGGACUCGAGAGUUUGCUCCUCCUCAAUCUAUCUCACAACGAUCUUGGCCGUUUCAACAGCGACGCGUUCGAGGGGGCUCACAAUCUGCUGCAGUUGGAUCUUUCGGUGAAUUUUUUGCAAGAAUUUCCCAGCGAGGCGAUCAGGCUCCUAACGGAUCUCAGGUUUCUCAAUGUUUCCAACAAUAUGAUCACUAGCAUAGACAGGACUCAUUUGUCGGGGCUGGGGGAGCUGCAAGUGUUGGAUCUCAGUCGGAACAACAUUGGCCGACUCGGCGUGAACGCGUUUUCCAGCUUAAUCGGCCUAACCAGGCUCGACUUGAGCCUAAACGCGUUGCGCACGAUCGAGGAAUCGUCGUUCGAGGGGUUGCUGAAACUGAAAUGGCUGUCCCUACAAGACAACAACAUUCUGUUGAUGCCGGCCGCCGCUCUCAGCAGACUACCGUCUCUCAGGCAUCUUCACGUGGAAUUCAAUCGCAUCGCCGCGCUGUCGACCGAACUGAUCAAAGCGACGGCCGCCGGUCUGACCACGCUGGCGCUGACGCGAAACUUGGUGCGCGAGAUACCGGCCGACUCGUUUCGCGAGUUCGACAACCUGGCCGACGUGCGUCUGUCGGGAAACUUGCUGUCGACGAUCUCGUCGAGCACGUUCGCCGGUUUGGAGAACACAUUGGAGAGGUUGGACGUUUCGCGGAACAGGCUCGCGGCCAUCGGCGAAUUCCAUUUGGAAAAUCUGCUCUCGCUGAAUCUAGCUGGCAACCAGCUGACUAAAAUCCCACCGGAAACGUUCGCGCGGCUCCACAGAUUAGAGUACUUGAACUUGAGCUCGAAUCCUCUCUACGGAGGCUUCCCGCCGGUGUUUCCCUCCUCGGUCGCGAACCUGGACGUGUCGCGAACCGACCUAAAGAUCUUGCCGAGCAUUCUGUUGUCGAAUCUCGCGUCCCUCGAAAGGAUCGCGAUGGCCGGCAAUAGUCUGGAGAGGAUCGAGGCUGGAACUUUUCGACAGCAUCGGAACUUGUCGAGGAUCGAUUUGUCGGAGAAUCGGAUAGACCGUAUAGAGGACGCGGCGUUCGCCGGAUUGUCGAGUCUGCGCGAACUGGAUCUCCGGGGGAACCGGCUCACUCUGUUCACCGGGGAAUAUUUCGACACCGGGACCGGAUUGGCUAUCCUCGAUUUGUCCGACAAUCGAAUCGAUCGCUUAUCCCCGACGGCGUUCGCGAUCCAUCCGAGAUUGAGGCAGCUCGAUCUCUCCGGGAAUCGACUGGCCCAGUUCCCUGGCGAGUACGCGAGACCCCUGCAGUUCCUGCAGAAGCUCGACCUCUCCGAGAACAGGUUGCAACGUGUUCCGGAGUUCGCGUUCUCCCGGAUCCCGCGUCUCCGCGUCCUCGACCUCGCCGAGAACGAGAUCGAGUCGGUCGACGAGCUGGCCUUCCACAAUUCGACUCAGCUUCAGCUGAUCGAUCUCUCCGGCAACAGAAUCGAAACGCUCGACGACAGAACGAUGGAAGGCCUGCUGCGACUCGAGCAUCUCGCUCUCGGCGAGAACAGAUUGACAUCUCUGCCGGAAACGAUCUUCGAUCCAAGCCGCGUCGGAGCAGUCGAGAGCAUCGAUCUGUCUGGCAACCGGUUCGCGGAAAUCCCGGCGGACAGCCUGCAGAAGCAAUCGGUGUUCUUGUCGCGGCUGAACCUCGCUCGAAAUCGCAUGGUCGAGGUGUUCGGCCGCGACAUCCCCGGGAACCUGAAGGAUCUCGAUCUGUCCGGAAAUCCGCUCAGCGAGAACGCCAUCGACGGGAUCCUCGGCGAGGCGAAGAUCCUCCGCAGCUUGAAUCUGGCCGAUACCGGGAUCACGCGGCUCGUCAGGCUCGAGACACCGUUCCUCAGGCGGCUGAAUCUCUCCGGGAACGCCAUCGCCGCGCUGGAAGUCGCCGCGCUCGAGCGCACCACCAUGCUCGAGACCUUGGAUCUGUCACGGAACAGGCUGACGGAGUUCUCCGGUUUCCCAGCGAUGUUCCGCAAGCUCCCGGCCAUCCGGCGGCUCGACCUGUCGGGCAACCACGCGAGGACCGUCAACGAGACCAGCUUCGAUGGACUGGCCGGGCUCCGCGUCCUCGACGUCUCCGACCUGUCGAACUGCACCCGAAUCGAGAGGACCGCUUUCAAACCGCUGGCCAAGCUCCGCUCCCUGUCCGCCUACAACUACCCGAAGCUGGGCUACUUCGACGUGCAGGGCGUUCUGAAGGGGAUGCGAAACCUGGAGUCGCUGGACAUCGAGAUCAAGGACUCCUCGGUGGGCAACGAGCAGCUCUCGGUGGCCAGCCAUCCCCGUCUACGAGAGCUGACUUUGAGAGGCGAGAGGCUGCGACACGUGUUAUCCAGUUCGUUGGCCGGCGUGCGAGCGACCAGGUUGUCCGUCGGUCUGAAGAACACGUCCGUGGACUCGAUCCCGGCCGCCCUCUUCUUCCCGGUGCCUCGGUCCACCGAGCUCAGGCUCGACCUCUCCGGCAGCAAAUUCAGCACCGUGUCCGCCCAUGUCCUAACCGCGCUGGACGAACGAGCCGGCGCCGUCGAUCUCCGAGGCCUCGAGAGCAAUCCGAUCAACUGCAGCUGCGACUCCAGACACCUCCGCCGAUGGUUGAGGUCGAGCGAGCGCGAUCGCCGCGUCGGCUCCGUGCGCUGUGUUACCCCGCCUCGGUUGGCCGGACAAAUCCUUGCGGCUCUCGACGAGCGACGUCUCGCGUGCGACGGCGAGCCGGCCGAUCGGUUCGCGCACGGCGAGAACCCGUCCGCGAACGGCUCGAAUUCCAAUUCCGUUUCCAAUCCCAACAACGACCGUCUGGACGGCGGCGAUCCAAACGGCGACCUCGACAGCGAGCCCGAGAACCAUUGGACCGGCCAACUCGCGGACACCACAUCCUCGUCCGGCUUCCCGUCGAGGAGGCCCUCGUCGGUCACCGAGCCAGAGAUCAUAUGGACGGUCGCGCCUACUGUUCGAAACGAGCGAACCAAGCAUCACGAUCGAGACCGCGUGUUCGAGACCGGCAUGGUGGGAAACGGUUCGGGUACCGACGACACUUUGAUCAUCGGUAUUGUCGUCGGAGUGGUCGCGCUCAUAGCCAUCAUAGUGAUCGUGGUUUGUAUCUGUCGGUUGAGGUGGUCCAGCCGCAUGGACGAGGCCAGGAUGACCGCGGCCAGCAUCCAGGAUGCCUCGAUGAUCAGACCGUGUAGCGUUUAUUCCGGCAAAAUCAACCACGACCUCUAUGUGGGAUCGUACAACGGGUCCACGCUGGACCGCGGCAACGGCGUGCCGCCGCUACCGCCCUCUAUCUCGACUCCGCCGAUCCAAAUGAUGCCGUUCGUGCAGCCGAUGCACCUGAUGCAUACUCUUUUAACACCGACCCCGCAAUCGCAGUCGCAGUCGCAGCUGCAAUUGCAGUCGCAGACGCAGCCGCAAACGCAGCCGCAAUCGGGAUUGCCGCAGUCACGGUCCCAACAGUUUUACGGUUACUGCGACGGUGCUGCGUUGCCCCUUUACGUUGCCUGUCCCACGGACGCCAACUGCGACAGGUAACUGUCGUCCGCGUGCGCGACUAACGUUAAGCUCGUUCGUAAAAUACCUCCGUCGAAGAAUCCGCUUGUUAUUUAACUUGGCGACUCGCGAGCGUUCUACACACACAUACAUGUAUCUUCUUCCCCUUUAAGCGUCACGUCUUUCUCGCGUUAACUGUCGUGCCUUUUCUACGUCGUAUAACGUAGUGUCCAGCGUGCUCUACGUCGUCUCUAAGAUUCCGACCGCAUCGAGGAUCAUCUUCGGAAUUUCGAAGGUUCGAACGAACUGCGGUGGAACCGAACAAACGUGCUCACAUUCCAUGUACAUAUAGCUAUAUAUAUAUAUAUUCUGUAAUUGCAAACCGUAGUUUUCUAAAGCAUACGAUUUGUGCUAACA